AGUAUCUUCUUCGCCUUCGUGAAAUCAAAUCCUCUACAACAUCGCAAUCAUGUCUAGAUUUUUUGUUGUUUUGAUCGCCUUCCUAGCGACCGCCGCCGCUAAACAACAAAAAUUGAGCGUGAUUGUCCCAGAACAAGAAACCCAAUCCACCCACUUAUCAGCCAUUCAGAUAUCUGGAGACUAUUCGUCUCACGGAGGCAAGAAGUACUCUUCAAGCGCUGAACUCACCAGUUUAGCUCAUUCUUCGGCACUUCAAGCCAGAACGGCUGUGCAAAAUCAGCAAACAGCCGGCGUCCAAGCAGCUGCAGGAGCUCAGAACGGAUUUGCCCGCGCCGCACAAGAAGCUGCUCACGCCGCAAGAGUAGCUUUAGUCGCCAAGCAAGUUAUUGUUCAAAAUUUACAGGCGCAAGUUGAGGAUGCUGAACAUCAGUUACAGGCUGAAGAGGGACAGUAUCAACAAUCUCUUGAAGCCGCUAACGCAGCUCAAAACGCUGUUCAGCAAAGCCAACAGCAAUUAAGUGCCGCUACUGCUACUCUUGCUGCCGUGCAACAGUCUGCCACUACAACAGAACGUGCCGCCGCUACUGCUUUACAGGCUGCUGCUGCCCAGCAUCAAAUGAUUCAAGAUGCUCAGCAGAGACUGGGAAGGUUGCAUGCUCGAUUGGAUGAAGCCUUAGCUGGACUAGCUGAAACUCAGCAAUCAGCACACAGAGCCGCUGCUGCUGCUCAACAAGCUCAGAAUAAUGCCGAAGCUUCUGCACAACUGGCCGUAGCAAACAGCGCUGCCAAUCAGAUUGGUGAACAUGAUUCAAACUUAUACCAUCAUUAAUUAACCUCUGAGAAGGCUGACAAUUUCGUGUUCAUUCAUUCUGUAUAUACUCAUUGUCGUCGUUUAUGUUUGAAUAAAGCA